AUGGGGGCGUGCAAGAGCAAACCGGGCAUCUCGCGGGCGCCGGCGGGCGCUGCGGCGGGCGAGGCCACCUCUCAGAACGCGCAGGAGGCAUCUGCGCCUGAAGGCGCGGAGCUCCGGAGCGGCGGCGCCUCGUCCGCGGUAGGAAGCGGGGGGCGCUCGGGAGCCGCCGAGCGGCUCGUGACCUCCUUGGCGUCGUCGACAUCUUGCGCUUCUUCGGGCUCGGCGGCUGCCUCCUCCAGCCGCCGCGUCCAGUCGGCAGGGGAGCUGCCCUCGCUGCUGCCGGGGACGCAGGACGACGGCGAAGAGCCCAGUGGCAGCAGUCACGCGGACGCGAGGGCGGCGGACGGGUCGCGCCGGCGGCUCACGGUGCUUGACGCCGACGAGGGCGGCGGCCCUGAUAGAGGACGUGGCGGCGCAGGGGCGGUGCGCGAGGGCGAGAACGACGCGGGCGGCGACCCGGCCGCCAAGACGACGCUCGCGGGGAAGUUCAAAAAGCUGCACACGCGGCUGCGCCUCCCGGGUCCCGCCAGCGCGGCCGCGGCGGGCAGCGGCGGCGGGCGAGCCACGAAUGGUCCAGCAGAGGGCCGCGAUGAGGAGGAAGAGGAGGAUGAAGGAGAGGGGGGGGGCGCGGCGGUGGCCUCGCUGACGGCGCUGGUGCAUCAGGUCUCGCUCGCGCGGAGCGGCACGCCGUCGCUGCUGACGUCGGACGCCUCGCAGGGGCGCCUGGCGCUGACAGAAGAGGAUCACGAGCGAAGCGGCGCGGAGCUGCUGCAGCAGAUUCGGCGCGAAAAGUCGCUGCCCGUGGCUGUCGAGGAGGGCGACCCGGUCGCGACGCGCGCACGGAGCUUCAAGAGCGACGGGCGCUCGCUCUCGCUGAUGCAUGCGCCGAGCGACGGCGGCGAGGACUCGAUGAGCGUCGACAGCUUCGGGCCCCGGCGCGGGUCUCUGUCCCGCGCCGGGUCCCGCAGCGGUGGCGCAGUUGCCACCCCGCCCCUGUUUCCGCCACCGCGUUUUCCGCUGCCUAUCUCUCGCGAGGACGUCUGGCAGCACCCCGAGCUCCUCACAGCGGAUCUUUUCCUCACGCUCUUCACGCCGCCCACCGCCGCGCUCAGAUGCUGCGUGCUUGGGGUCGAGGCGAAAGGCAGACAGGAGAGCUACGACGACAAAUUCACCGACCAAGCGAUGCUACCGGCGAAUACGCCGCUGGCUUCAGUGCAGAAGACGCUGGGGUUUGCCUACGCGUGCAAGAAGGGACUGAAGCCUGACAGCCCCAACCAAGACGAUUUUGGCGUUCUCUGCUGCGACAGUUUUGGACUCUUUGGCGUGUUCGACGGUCACGGACCCAGCGGGCACGACGUCAGCGACUACGUCCAUCGGCUGCUCUUCUUCCUGCUUCUGACCGAUGAAAACUUCCAGAAAAACACUCCGCAGGCGAUUGGCAACGCCUUUCUCGCGACGCACCGCAGUGUGCUGGCGUACGCGGCGGGCACCGAGCUUUUCGACUGCUCACUGAGCGGGUCGACGGCCUCGCUUGUGCUGCACACGAGGCACCGACUCUUCGUGGCGCACGUGGGCGACUCGCGCGUCGUCCUCGCGCGCCAGCACAAGUCGGGGAUCGUCGCCGAAACGAUCACGCUGGACCACAAACCCACGACACCGGCCGAACGGGAACGCAUCGAAGCCUCAGGCGGCGAAGUGAAGAGACUCGAGUGCGACAUCCCCUACCGCGUGUUUGUCAAGCGGCGGCUCUAUCCGGGGCUGGCGAUGAGCCGCGCCAUCGGCGACGCGAUUGCCAGCCAAAUCGGCGUCACCUGCGAACCCGACGUCACCACAGUGGAGUUGGAUCGCAGUUGCCUGUUUCUGAUCAUGGCCAGCGACGGCGUCUGGGAGUUCAUCAGCAGCCAGGAAGCUGUUCAGAUCGCAUAUGGCGCCAUGGGCUCCGAGCGUAAGGGCCGCACGAAGGCCGCGGCAGAUCGCCUGACGCUGGAGGCGUUCAAGCGCUGGGUGGAGGAAGAAGGCAGCGUAGUCGACGAUAUCACUUGCCAGGUCGUCUGGCUGCGUUAA